AUGGCCUCUAAAGCAGUGGCUGUGUUGCUGCUGGUUUACCUGUCAGGAUUUACUUUUGGGAUCAAGCUGGAAGGAAAUGGAUACACUGACAUUCUGGUUGCAAUUAACCCUGAGGUGCCUGAGGACCCAGUGCUCAUCACACAAAUCGAGGAAAUGAUUAAAGAAGCCUCCAGACAUCUACUUAGCGCAACAGAGAAAAAUUUCUAUUUCAAGGAAGUCACAAUAUUAGUGCCACCAAAUUGGAACAAAAGAAAUUACUCCAGAGCAAAGACGGAGGUCUACGAUAAGGCCAAUAUAAUAAUUGAUGAGCCAAAUAAAUCACAUGGCGAUCAGCCUUACACUCUGCAGUAUGGUGAAUGUGGAUCUGAGGGCCGGUACAUUCAUUUGACUCCUGACUUCAUGCUAGAUGAUGAUGUCGCUAAAAACUAUGGACCCAGAGGUAAGGUUUUUGUCCAUGAAUGGGCACAUCUAAGAUGGGGAGUUUUUGAUGAAUAUAAUGAAGAAAAACCAUUCUACACGUCAGGUUCUUCAAUCGAGGCAACAAGAUGUACCAUAAACAUUACAGGAAAGUCCAUCAACAAAAAUGACCAAAACAGCUGCACCACUGAUCCUGUGACUGGGUUAUACACCAAAGACUGUGUAUUCUAUCCUGACAUGCACCAGACAACCUCUGCAUCUAUCAUGUAUAAUCAAGGCCUUGAUGCUGUAAAAGAGUUCUGUACAAAAAAAACUCACAACACUGAGGCUCCAAACAUGCAGAACAGACUGUGUGGUAACAGAGGUGUAGAGGAAGUUAUCACCUCACUGUCUGUAGAUGCCGGUGUGGCAGUCGUGCCAACACCACCAAGUAUACUACCCACAUUCACUGUGGUUCAGCGACGGCAAAGAGUUGUCUGUCUUGUCCUUGAUGUUUCAGGAAGCAUGACGGGUCAGAGAAUCCAGACACUACGGCAGGCAGCCUCAUUGUUCUUGAGGCAGAUCAUUGAAGACCAAUCUUUAGUUGGGAUUGCAAUAUUUGACAGCACUGGCAGACCCCUAAAAUCUUUGACUCUGAUUAACAGUAACAGCAAGAGGGAAGAGCUGGUUGAUUCUUUGCCAAAAGAUAGUGGUGGAGGCACUCAAAUUUGUGAAGGCCUUAAAGAAGGUUUAAAGGUUCUUCAAGAAGAUGAUGGAAACGCUACAGGAGAUGAAAUAGUUUUCUUGACUGAUGGGGAAUCAAAUACACCAAUGGAUUGUUUGCCGUUAGUCAAAAAAAGCAGUGCAAUUAUACAUACAAUUUCUUUGGGACCAAAUGGAGACAAACUAUUGCCAGAAAUGUCAAAUGUAUCAGGUGGUAAAUUUUUCAGAGCUGAGGAUGGUUUGAAUUCCAAUGAACUUGUGGAUGUCUUCGCUUCACUCACAACAUCUGAUGGAAAUCUGACUCAGCAAACAAUUCAGCUUGAAAGCUCUGGAUUGACAACUAGUGAUUGGUUUAAUGGGUCUGUGUCUAUUGACAGAACAGUUGGAAACAACACAAGUGUUUUAGUCCUUUAUGAAAAAACUCAACCUGCCAUCCUUUUAACAAGCCCCUCUGGACAAAUAUAUGAUGAAUCAAAAUUCAAAGCUGACCCUUCAGCAAAGAGUUGCACAAUGGAUAUUCCAGGAACUGCAGAAACUGGAAAGUGGACAUACAGCCUUAGAAAUAAACAACCAACACCCCAGGCUAUGUCAAUGACUGUGACAAGUCGUGCUGUCAGUAAAGAUAUAUUACCAGUCACUGCCAAAGCCCACAUGAGCCAACUGUCCAGUGAUGGCAGCAAACCCAUGGUGGUGUAUGCAGAGGUCAGCCAGGAUAAAGUUCCAGUGAUUCUGGCAGAUGUGAUUGCCACAAUAACGCCUGACAGUGGAGUCCCAUAUGAGCUGAAACUGCAAGAUAAUGGAGCAGGUGCUGAUGCUUUCAGACAUGACGGCAUCUAUUCCAGUUACUUCACUAAUCUAGCAACAGGAAAAUACAGCUUGAAAGUGAAAGUACAGAACGAUGACGGCACAGCCAGAUUCUCCCUCAGGAGACACAGUGGAGCACUUUACAUACCUGGAUAUGUGGUUGAUGGACAAGUAGUGAUGAAUCCCCCAAAGCCCCCAGUCAGUGAGGACGACCUGCAGGCUGAUGUGGGCAGCUUCACCAGGACAGCUAUAGGAGAGAGCUUCUCAGUCAGUCUCCCACCUGGUGUCCCCCCUCCAAAUUUUCCCCCUAACAAAAUCACAGACCUGAAUGCAGAGAUAGAGGAGGACAAAGUAGUACUCAUCUGGACUGCACCUGGGGAAGACAUGGAUCAAGGCACAGCAACGGCCUAUGAGAUCCGUUUUAGUGAAGAUUCGGACCUACUCAGAUCCAACUUCAGUACCGCACAUCUUGUCACAUACAACCUCCCACCAAAGAAGGCAGGCUCCAUAGAAAAGCUCUCUUUCACUCUCUUCUCAAUCAUAAAAAACGCCACCACUCUGUUCUUUGCAGCAAAAGCAGAAGACAAAGCUUUCCUGAAAUCUGAAACAUCCAACAUUAUUCAAGUGACCAAGAUUGUUCCCAAAGCUCCUGUUCCAACUGAUGCUCCUGGUGGGCCAGGUACAUCAGGCGGUGGUGUGAACAUUACUGCUAUAGUCAUAUCAGUCACCACAGUAACUAUGGUGGCUUGUCUGAUUGCUAGUGUGACAAUGUGUUCAAUGAAAUCAAGGAGAGUUAGUCAUGCUUAAGACAAACUAUGAUUAUAAACAAAUGUAGCUGCAGCUCAUUGAACUGAAUCAUAGCAAACCUUCCUUUAUUUCAGACUGUAGAAAACAUUAAAUCAAAAGUGGAGGGAAAUCAAGAGUUUAUUUCCAAAAUGUUAUAUCCAUGCAUUUUUCACCUUUGUGUUUUUUCAUCAGAAAUGAUUCCUUAUGGGUGCCUUCAUGUGUUUGUAAUCAAUUUUGUAUUCAUAGAUUGUAAAAAAAAAACAAUGUGUUUUUCUGCAAAAUGCUAUAUAUCCAUUGGCUGGAAUGGAAAGUUCAU